CACGGGCGCGACGAGCGAGGGGCUGCUAGCGACAUGAGCGGACUGGGGCGCCUCUUCUGCGUGGCGCGAGCCGUUCUCCCCGCCGGGGUCAGGCAGCUCCGCACCAGCUGCCCGCGGCCCGCCUUCGCCAAGGAGCUCUUCUUGGGGACGUUUCGGAAGGAGGAGGUUUUUCCUUUUCCUGAAAUUAGCAAUGAAGAAUUGGAAGAAAUCAACCAGUUUGUUGGGCCAGUAGAAAAAUUCUUCAAUGAAGAAGUGGAUUCUAAGAAAAUUGACCAAGAUGCUAAAAUUCCCCAAGAAACUCUUAAUGGACUGAAGAACCUGGGGCUGUUUGGCAUACAGAUUCCAGAGGAGUAUGGUGGCCUUGGUCUUUCAAAUACAGUGUAUGCACGUUUAGGUGAAAUCACUUCUCAGGAUGGAGCUAUUGCAGUAACUUUGGCUGCUCACCAAGCUAUAGGGCUAAAGGGCAUCCUUAUAGCAGGCACUGAUGAACAAAAGAAAAAGUAUUUACCUAAACUGGCUUCUGGGGAGCAUAUUGCAGCAUUUUGCCUUACUGAACCAGGAAGUGGAAGUGAUGCUGCAUCCAUCCAGAGCAGAGCCACUUUGAGUGAAGAUGGAAAAAGUUUUGUAUUAAAUGGCUCAAAGAUAUGGAUAUCAAAUGGUGGACUUGCAGAUAUCUUUACCGUGUUUGCAAGGACUGAGAUUGUUGACAAAGAUGGUGCAGUAAAGGACAAAAUUACUGCUUUCCUUGUAGAAAGAGCUUUUGGUGGAGUCACUAAUGGAAAGCCAGAGGAUAAGCUGGGAAUUCGAGGAUCUAACACUUGUGAAGUGCACUUUGAAAAUACAAACAUUCCUAUAGAAAAUGUUAUUGGAGAAGUUGGAGGGGGGUUUAAGGUUGCUAUGAACAUCCUAAACAGUGGAAGAUUUAGCAUGGGCAGUGCAAGUGCUGGAAUGCUUAAGAAAUUGAUUGAAAUGACAGCAGAGUAUGCUUGUACAAGAAAACAGUUUAAUAAGAAGCUGAGUGAAUUUGGAUUAAUUCAGGAAAAGUUUGCCUUAAUUGCUCAGAAAGCGUAUGUAAUGGAAAGCAUGGCCUACCUCACUGCAGGAAUGAUGGACAGGCCGGGGAUCCCAGAUUGCUCAGUUGAAGCAGCCAUGGUUAAAAUAUUUAGUUCUGAAGGUGCAUGGACUUGUGUGAGUGAAGCUUUACAAAUUCUUGGAGGCCUUGGCUACAUGAAAGAUUAUCCAUAUGAACGCUACCUCCGGGAUAGCAGGAUACUUCUGAUUUUUGAGGGAACAAAUGAAAUUCUACGGAUGUAUGUUGCUUUGACUGGCAUGCAGUAUGCAGGCAAAAUCUUAACUGGAAAAAUCAAGGAAAUCAAGAAAGGAAAUGUGGGCAUGGCAUUCAACUUGUUGGUGAAAAACUUCCGUGAUAGCAUGGGCCAAAGAGUAGAUUUAGGAUUAGUUGGACAAGAUGGAGUGGUGCAUCCCAGUCUAGAAGAAAGUGCCAAGAAACUUGAAGAAAAUGUGUACUAUUUUGGAGUUACAGUAGAAGGCUUGCUGAGGCGGUUUGGCAAGACUAUUGUGGAUGAGCAGAUGGUUCUGAAAAGAGUGGCAGACAUGCUCAUUAAUCUAUAUGCAAUGACAGCAACUAUUUCCAGAGCUAGCCGAUCCAUCAGUAUUGGUUUACGCAAUCAUGACCAUGAGGUGCUGCUUACAAAUAUUUUCUGCACGCAAGCUAAUUUCCAGAAUAAUUAUGCGAUGGCAGAGUUAGGAAAAAAUGCUCCUGAAAACAUGGAUGAUAGUAUUAAAAAAGUGGCAAAACAGGUGCUGGAAAAAAGAGCCUAUAUUUGUUCACAUCCACUCGAGAGAACAUUCUGAAGGUUGGGAAAUGAUGAUUAAAUGGAAGUCUAAAGUAUUUUUUUUUAUUAUUUCAACACAUUAAUGGAGCCAGAUACCUGACUGUGCAAGUGAAUGUAUGAAGACUAAAUCCUGGAUUUUGUUCUGAGCUAUAACGUAAAAUGUAUGACAGACAAUCUGCUAAUCAAACGUUGCAAUUUGUAUAAAAUUAAAAAAACAACUGUGUUAAAAUAUAUA